UGUGGACCAAUCGUUUUCUUGCUUCUGAAUCACAACUUGCUAUACUUUUCUACUGCCAAGCUCAGCUGAUUCCAAAGCAAGCACUGUUAUCAUCUUUAAUACUAGCAGUAUUAAGUUAACAACAAGCCCCACACAACACACCAAACCAACCUCGUCAUCUUCCACGCCACCCCCUAUCUCUCUCUCUCUCUCUCCACCUGGUUCCGCGCUGAACUUGAUCGAUUAAAGUGAUUCUGCCUUCUCCAAACGACCCUUUGACUAGAUAAUCACACCACCAUCAAAAAGAUCGUUUUUUUCUUUCUGGGUAUUGGUUAAACAUGGUGGGUUUAUUCUCCAGAUUUUCUGUUGGAAGAAGCACCCACCGACGUACGCAAAGUGCCAUCGAUGAGAGGGAAGUAAUGCCCCCAAACUUGGAGACUGCCGCUGCGGCGAGUGCUGCUACUGCUGUUUCUCAUGGAAUUGAAGUGGCAGUGGAGUUUAAGCCAGUUGAGCACCCAGUUGAACCCCUUGACAAUGAUAGCCCAAUUCAGUGCCCGUUACCAGAACCGUCUAUUCUUAAUGAUGGAAGAAUAUGGAAAGAGCGAGUAUCUGCUACUGUCCGUAGAAGAGGUGACCUGCCAGUGAUGAAGGAAGGGGGAACCCUUGAAUCUGAGGGUGCUGUGAGAAAGCCACGAACCCAGUCUAAUCGAAUGAUCCUACCAUCUCUUAGUGCUCCCGAGCAUAAUCUUCUAAAACUUCUUGAAGAGUGUCAUGCCUCAGGCAUGUAAACUGGUAUUGUUGGUAUUUUGAGUCAUAAAACUUCUUAAAUGUGAUACCCCUUCAUCUUUUUUGUCAUCUUUGACUAUAUAUAAUGCCAACGAAUGUGCGUAUGUAUAUUCAUAUGUAUAAUAAUGCAAGUUAAAUCUGGUACUUUUUUACCCUCUUUAUAUGAAGGCUUGAGUAACAUACUUGGAA